GGCCCGGGCGGGCAGGAGGGGCGGCGGGCGCCCGGCGGGAGCGGGAGCGCAGCCAUGCCCCGGGCCGCCUCCCGGGCAGCAGCAGCGGCGGCCGGGGGCGGCGGGGGGCGCGCGGCCCGGGCGGGACGAUGAAGCGGCAGAACGUGCGCACGCUGGCGCUCAUCGUGUGCACCUUCACCUACCUGCUGGUGGGCGCCGCGGUGUUCGACGCGCUGGAGUCGGAGCCGGAGCUGAUCGAGCGGCAGCGGCUGGAGCGGAGGCAGGAGGAGCUGCGGGCGCGCUACAACCUCAGCCGCGGCGGCUACGAGGAGCUGGAGCGCGUGGUGCUGCGCCUCAAGCCGCACAAGGCCGGCGUGCAGUGGCGCUUCGCCGGCUCCUUCUACUUCGCCAUCACUGUCAUCACCACCAUCGGCUACGGCCACGCGGCACCCAGCACGGAUGGCGGCAAGGUGUUCUGCAUGUUCUACGCGCUGCUGGGCAUCCCGCUGACGCUCGUCAUGUUCCAGAGCCUGGGCGAGCGCAUCAACACGCUGGUGCGCUACCUGCUGCACCGCGCCAAGCGCGGACUGGGCAUGCGCCGCGCCGACGUGUCCAUGGCCAACAUGGUGCUGAUCGGCUUCCUGUCGUGCGUCAGCACGCUGUGCGUGGGCGCCGCCGCCUUCUCCUACUACGAGCACUGGACCUUCUUCCAGGCCUACUACUACUGCUUCAUCACUCUCACCACCAUCGGCUUCGGCGACUACGUGGCGCUGCAGAAGGACCAGGCGCUGCAGACGCAGCCGCAGUACGUGGCCUUCAGCUUCGUCUACAUCCUCACGGGGCUCACGGUCAUCGGCGCCUUCCUCAACCUCGUGGUGCUGCGCUUCAUGACCAUGAACGCCGAGGACGAGAAGCGCGACGCCGAGCACCGCGCGCUGCUCACGCGCAACGGGGGGGCGGGGGGCGGGGCCGGCGGCGCGGGGGGCGGGGCCGGCGGCAGCGUGCACACCAGUGACACCGCCUCCUCCGCGCCGGCGGCUGGGGGCGGCGGCGGCGGCGGCGGCGGCGGCGGCGGCGGCGGCGGCGGCGGCGGCGGCGGCUUCCGCAACGUGUACGCGGAGGUGCUGCACUUCCAGUCCAUGUGCUCGUGCCUGUGGUACAAGAGCCGCGAGAAGCUGCAGUACUCCAUCCCCAUGAUCAUCCCGCGGGACCUCUCCACCUCCGACACGUGCGUGGAGCACAGCCACUCGUCGCCGGGCGGGGGCGGCCGCUACAGCGACACGCCCUCCCGCCGCUGCCUGUGCGGCAGCGGGGCCCCGCGCUCCGCCAUCAGCUCGGUGUCCACCGGCCUGCACAGCCUGUCCACCUUCCGCGGCCUCAUGAAGCGCCGGAGCUCCGUGUGACCGCCCCCCGGGGGCUGGGGGCCGGGGGCCGGGGGCGAGAGGAGGCCCUCGGGGGGGUGCCUCCCACGCCCCCUUCUCCUACUGUGCCUGCUCGCCCCGGCCCCAGGAGCCUCUCCGCUCCCUAUACGCACCCUGCAGAUUCCUAUCAAUGUGAAAUUUGGGGGUGGGUGGGGGAAGGGCGGAAGGCAGAAGCGGGGCAGCCCCCCACCCCCUUGGCAACCUAAGGAGCGCCCCCCACACGUCCUUGGUCCUCGGAGGCCCUGCUGUAGCCAGCCCUCCACGCCCGACCACCCUUCCCAGCCCUGUCCAGAGGAGCCUUCGAGUUCCCCGUACGUUUGCAUCUCUAUUUAUACCUCCCUCUCGCCGGGUCUCCCACCUUCCCCAGGCUCCAGAAGCCGGGGUGUCUCUGUCCGGAUCACGCCCUCCCCACCUGGUCCCACCCCCCUCCCGCGCCCCCAGCUGUUCUCCCCCACCACCACCACCUUGUGUGGUUUUGCAUGGCUUCGCAUAACCGACCAAGUGGGAGCGCUCAGCGUUCUCCAAAGCUAGUCGCCCGCGGGGCAGGCAGAAGACCGACCUCAGGUGAGGUCGGGCCUCGGAAAUGACACAGAAAAGUCCGCCUUGCCUGUUAGAAGGACCCCUCAGCAUCUACACCACCUGCUACAGUCAGGGAAGUUCUUGGGAUCCUGCAGGCUGUUGUGGGGGGGGGGGAAGGCCUGGAGCAGGGGUUGCAGGGAUAGGGGAGCUGGGGGGCCAAGCAGCCCUCUGGGCCCACAGCCAGUGGUGGUACUGAGUCCCAAGAAGUUAAAGAUGAGCUCAGGCAGCAUUUGGGGGGCUUGGGCCUGAAAAGACCUCUCAAGCUCGGCCGUGUACUCCAGACCCAGAGCCCCUUGGAAAGAAGAAGCCUGACUCAGCCUCUCCCCAGCUGUCCCCAGCUGUCCCCAGCUGGCAGAACCACAGGCGAGCAGGGCUCAGCACUCAGCACCCGAGUGCCCUCUGCGUGUAUGUUGGGCUGAGGGGCAGCUUGAGCUGCCUCUGUCCUGUGUGUGACCCUGCCCUCGAGGGGUCUUGUCCUGUCCGUCAGUCCCGAGGGAACCACAACCAAAGCUGCAGGGAGGUGGCAGGGAGGGGCCUGGCUGGGUCUUCCCCUGGGGGAGGGGUAAAGGGCCCAUGUGUGUCCCCCCCACCCCUGCCCCACUGCAGGCAGCCUUUCUGCUUCCCCAAUGCCUUACGCCUGGGCACACUGCCACAGAAUAUGCAAUACGUGUGGGUGCCACACCCACAGCCCACCCGGGUAGCCCUCAGCCCCCAGAGGCUGUGGCCACCACGGCCCUCCUGUCAGCCCUCCACCCACCCACCUAUCUUCACUCUGAGAAUGGCGCCUAAUAAAUGCUGUCCAUGGAGACCAGG